AUGACGCUUGUACCACCGAUUCCUACAGGAGAAGCUGAGGAUGAACAUCAGAGUGCCGGCAGUGAAGCCUCAAGUCAAUUGUCGAUGGAGAGUGAUUCUGAGGGCGCGAUCGUAAACACUGCAACACAAGAAUUGGUCGACGCGGUCGAGCAGGCCAUGGCCGAAGCACCACAAGGCCAACCAACGCAAAACGAGGAAGAAGAAGAAUAUUCACUUGGAAUUGACCUCUUCGCAGAUUUCCCCCCACCUCAAGUCUCGUUGCCCCCUCCCUCACCGCAUCCUGAUCUUCCACCGCUUCCACAGAUCACGGCACCUCCUGAAGUUUCACCCAAUGAAGAAGCUCAGAGCGAUGACGAAGACGGUGCGUCAACCUCGGACGAGGAUGCGGAUGAAUUACAACUCGAGAUAUUGAAGAAGCCUUAUUGUGCCUUUAUCACUUCAAAUCACUACAAAGAGCAUUCACCUAAGCCAUCCACCGCCCAACGUCCCCGGCCCUUGCUCAUCGUCACAAAAGAGGAAAUCUACCUCUUCCAGAGCCCCUCGGCCCAUCGUUGA